CUGGGAGCGGGGCCGCGAGCGGCAUGUCUCGCUACACCAGGCCCCCCAACACCUCCCUGUUCGUCAGGAACGUCGCAGACGCCACCAGGCCUGAGGACUUGCGACGUGAAUUUGGUCGCUAUGGCCCCAUAGUUGACGUUUACAUCCCACUUGACUUCUACACUCGCCGCCCCAGAGGAUUCGCUUACCUGGUUAUGUUUGAAGAUGUUCGAGAUGCGGAAGAUGCACUCUACAACCUCAACAGGAAGUGGGUAUGCGGCCGGCAAAUUGAAAUACAGUUUGCGCAAGGUGAUCGCAAAACACCGGGCCAGAUGAAGUCGAAAGAACGCCACCUGUGCUCUCCCAGUGAUUACAGGAGGUCCCGAAGCCCCAGCCAGCGGCGCUCUCGGAGCCGAAGUUCUUCGUGGGAAAGAGACAGGCGACGAUCAGACAGCCUGAAAGAGUCCCGACACAGGCCAUCAUCUUACAGUCAGUCUAAAUCUCGUUCCAAGUCACUGCCGAGGCAGUCUACCUCAGCAAGGCCGUCAAGAACACCAAGAAGGAAUUCUGGAUCUAGAGGACGGUCACGAUCCAAGUCCUUACCAAAAAGGUCCAAGUUGAUAGAAAAAUCACAGUCGCGCUCACCUCAAAAGCAGACUGGCCCGGGAGCAAAGCCAAGCUCACACGGACGACACUGUGACUCGAUAGCAAGAUCCCCAUGCAAGUCUCCCAGAGGGCACACCAGCUCCGGGUCUAAGACUCAGACAGCAAAACGUUCUCAUUUCCGGUCACGUUCCGGAUCUCGGAGUUACCAUCAUAAAAACAGCUGGUGAACAGCAGCUUACGGAAGAGCCGCAGAGCUCUGCUACAUGUUAUCAGACCUCAUUGUGGUUAAAAUUCUGCAAGGCUUAUAGAAAUGUGAACUGGCGUUAGUGUGGGGAUAGGGAAGAAAUAAAAUGCCCUGGCUUUGAUUAAUAAAUAUUUAGUCUCAAUUUAAGGGCUCAUUCCACAAACCACUACCGUGCAGUGUCACCGUUGCAUAGCCCGUAUCUGGUUCACAUUGUAGCAGGGGGGAACUUGCCAAAAGAAACUUUCCAGAAUGGAAGCAACGCAGAAGUUCUACUUAGAGAUCAAAUAUUGCCAAUAAUAACUUUUGCAAAGUAUUUUUUAUUCUAAAGCACUUUUCACAAAAAAAGUAAUUGUGACGAUAUGUAACUGAAUAGACCUGACUUAAACUGUUUGACAUCUUUCUUGUGACUUCUGUUUAAGCUUGGGCCAAUUCCUGGUAGGUACUAGUUCAAAUUACAGCAUUCUGAAACCUUAAAAGAUAACAUUUAUAUAGAGAUUCCAUAACUGUUUAAACGAUAUCUACAGGGUGUUUAAAAGAUAACUCAAAGAACAUUUCAUUGUUUUUGGAUACAGCAGCAUAGACCAGUUGACAUUAAAUGUUAUCUGUGUUUGCUUAAGCUUCUCAAACAAAGCCAGGUGUGAUGGCACACGCCUGUGAUCCCAGCACCUGGGAGGUGAGGCGGGAGGGACAAGACUAGCAUGGACUGGGCCACGUGAGACCCUGUCUAAAGAAAAUAAAUAAAUGCUUUUCUAAAAAAGUAAAACCAUUUCAGAUGUACUAGAUUUUGAAUGGCUUUGAGAGUACUCUAAAGAUUAUGGCGUGGAACACUCGGAAUCCACAAAUACUCAUAUUAAGCCUUACAUAUUUGAAGUAUAGCACAUUUUGUAUA